AGCUCCCCCCUGAUGAUCGAGACCUGCCUGUCGACGCAGGAACACCGGGGACGGUAUAUCAGACGAAAUAUCAACAUGGUAAACCGCGACAAGAACAAAAGAAGACAUUCAAAAGCCAACUCCCCAGGGUUUUUCGUGUGUUGGCCAUUCACCCAUCUCGGCAUUGGUUCCCCUCUAUCAUUUAAUUACCGUCCUGUGGAUUCUACUCCUAGAACUGCUUAUUGAAUGUGAUAGUGAGGCGAUUUCUACGAUAGAUAUACUACAGGUUUGCCUUCCUGAAGCAGUAUGGGGCGGCGGUGACAGCAGCCCCGCCACUACCCCCUAGUCAAAAUAAACGGUGGCCCGGGAAGCCGUGGGGAUUUGGAAAUUGACUUCACGUGUGCCCUUUGCUCUUUUUACUUUCCGAAGAAGAUAAAAUGUUUCCGGGCUGCCUCGUUCCCUUCGCUCAUCUCUCAAUCCUCUCUUUCCGAAGACACAGAAGCCAAGAUGAAGUUCUCCACCAUCGCCGCCUUAGUCGCCCAGUCAUCCAUGGCCCUGGCUUCUAAAAGCUGCCAUUGUUUCCCAGGCGAUUCUUGUUGGCCAUCAACUAAAGCCUGGAGUAACCUCAACAGCACAGUCGGAGGCCGACUUAUUUCCACAGUCCCCAUCGGGACGCCUUGUCAUGACCCAACUUUCAACGCUGCCGAGUGUGCGAACUUACAAAGCGAAUGGACCCUCCCGCAGACGCAUUUAGACUCGUCCUCAUCGGUAAUGGCGCCGUACUUUGCAAAUCAGAGCUGUGACCCGUUCACUGCCGAGUCGAAGCCUUGCCUUCUUGGGAAUUACGUCCGGUAUGCAAUCAACAUGUCGACAGUUGAUGAUGUGAUUGCUGGUAUCAAGUUUGCGGAGAGCAAUAACAUCCGUUUCGUGAUACGUAACACAGGCCAUGAUUUCCUCGGGAGGUCUACCGGUGCCGGGGCUCUUUCUGUCUGGACCCAUUAUCUCAAAGAUAUUGAGUUCCAAGAAUGGUCAGACCGCCAUUACCAAGGAUCGGCAGUGAAGAUCGGAGCCGGCAUUGAAGGGUAUGAAAUCUUGGAGGCGGCUUCAGCAAAAGGCCUGGUGGUAGUCGGAGGUGAAUGUCCCACCGUCGGUAUUGCUGGCGGUUACACUCAAGGUGGUGGACACUCUGCUUUGAGCACUGAAUUCGGUCUCGCAGCGGACCAGACCCUCCAGUUCGAGGUUGUCACUGCUUCCGGAGUUUUAGUUACUGCCUCCCGAACUGAGAAUUCAGAUCUCUACUGGGCUUUGAGCGGUGGUGGGGGUGGAAACUAUGGCGUUGUUGUCUCUAUGACAGUCAAGACAUACCCGGACACUAUGGUCAGCGGAGCGGGUCUGCAGUUUGCUGCCGCCUAUACGACAACAGAUAUAUUUUACAAGGCUGUCGCAGAGUUCCAUACUCUUCUACCUGCUAUGGUCGACAAUGGGACUAUGGUCGUGUACUACUUCACCGACGCAUACUUCAUCAUCAAUCCCUUGACGGCUUACAACAAAACCUCUGCAGAAGUCAAGGCCAUCCUCAGCCCAUUCAUUGCUGUCCUGAAUAGCCUCAGCAUUCCAUUUGAGGUGGCUUAUACCGAAUUUGCGACUUACGAAGAGCAUUACGCUACCUACAUGGGACCGCUUCCGUAUGGCAACAUUGGCGCCGAGGAAUACCAGUUUGGCAGUCGACUAGUCCCGCGCUCUGUGGUGCAAGACAACAACGAUGGACUUCAAGCUGUCUUGCGCAACAUUACCGAGAACGGUGUCCUUCUGGUAGGCAUAGCUACAGAUGUCUCAGCACCAGUGAAAUCAGGCAACGUGUCAAAUGCCGUACUACCCGCCUGGCGCGAUGCCUUAAUACACACAUAUUUGACGACCGCAUGGGACUCCACGGCGCCCUGGUCCGAUAUGAUUCACGAGCAGGAUUUGAUGACCGAUGAGUUUGUGCCACAACUGGAGGCUGUUACCCCUGGCAGUGGGGCAUACAUGAACGAGGCCGAUUUUCGCCAGCCAAACUUCCAAGACGUGUUCUUCGGCGCUAACUAUCCAGCCCUGUUGGCUAUCAAGCUGAAGUGGGAUCCCAACUCUUUCUUUUAUGCUACAAAGGGCGUUGGUAGUGAGGUUUGGAACGUGGCUAAUGACGGGCGAAUGUGCCGAGUUUAAGGGAAUUUAAUAGCCAAGUGAUAAAUAAAAAUAAAUUUUAAUAGCAUU